UUUCUUUUUUAUAGUUUCAUUUUUAUUUUAAAAUUGAUUUUAAAUUUGUUUUACAAUAUGUUAAUACUAUUUGUUUUGUGUAAUAUUUUGUGGAUUCCGAAUAUAUUCGGAAAUAGCAUAACUUCGGUAGCUCCUAGAGACAAAUCGAGUAAAAUCGUCUUGCAAGAAUCUCAUUACGAAGAUUACAACAAAACAAAUUUAAACCUAGCAAGUGAAGGUGGGUCUUUAUUACCUAAUGCAGUAGUUGAUAUUGUACAAUUGCCGAAGGAUAAACACAAUAUUCUUCUGAGUUUGGAUAAUGAAAUAGGUAAAAAUAAAGAAAAAUCUGUAGUAGCGAGAAAAGGAGUAGUAUACAGCUCUGCAGAAGAUAUACAGGUCCCUGCAAAUGUUACGAAAAUAGAUAAAAACAAUGGUACUCGCCCUAAACAAGUUGAUAUUUUAAAAGAUAUUAUAAACCCUAAAAAAAUUGCUGCAUUAUCGGUGACAAAUCAGAAAAUUAUUAAUAACAGUGUUCCCAAAGACGAUACUAUUGAGAAAAUAAAUAAGACUGAAACCCCUAAAAAACCAUUGGUGUUAUCUAAUGAAGCAUUAGAUCAAAUACCAUUGGUAGAUUUUGAAACAUCUUACCCCAAAGAUGGCCAUAAUACUAAAGUACCGAGGAAUCCAAAUAGCCAUCCUGGUAUGAUUAUGCCAAUUGUUAUUACAAUAUUAGUAGUACCAAUGUUUGCUGUUGUUGGAUAUCUUGCAAUAAAGAGAGGUCAAGAAGCUUGGAAGAACAGACAUUACAAAAGAAUGGAUUUCCUUCUUGAUGGAAUGUAUAAUGAUUAGUUUCCGUCCUGCAAUGUAUUGAAAUCCUACUUAAGAUUUCAAUAUACAUGUGAAAAUUGAGUAGAAAUAUUUUUAACACUGGUACAGAUUAUGUACAUAAUUUUCUAUGGAGUGUCUAAUAACCAAAUAAUAUAAUGGAUAGCUAAUCAAAUUUAAAACAUAAAUUUUUAAAUUUUGUCAAUUCUUAGUUUGUGUAAAAUUUUCAACUUUCAGGAAAUAGUUCAGUAUUAAUUGUGAUUUAAUGUUAUGUAUGAUAUUAAGGGAUAAAUUUAGAGAACGAAGUUUAUAUAUUCGGAGCAAUAAUAGAUAAGGGUUGAAAAUCAUUGUGAUGACAUAAAAUAAGCUAAUCAUAGGACUUUGCAUCUAUAAUAUGGGAUACAUAAGUGCUAAAAUGUGCCUUUCUUUGAAAUGACAUGAUAUAUUUUUGAUAAACUACUUAAAAUGUCUUCCUGUAAAUUAAGAUAUAUAAUGAUGUUGUGAUAUACUCAGAUUUUAAUAUGUUGCUAAUUAUAUACAAUAUUAUUUGAUAA